CCUGGAAAGGACAGCUCAGGCAAAACAGCGCGGUGUAAAGAGCCCAGCACAUAGCUGCAGCUGUGCAGGCAGACCCCCAGCACCAUGGCCAAGCUGGUGGAGUGUGUCCCCAAUUUUUCGGAGGGGAAUAACAAAGAGGUGAUUGAGGCGCUAGGGCAAGCUAUCUCUCGGACGCCUGGCUGUGUGUUGCUGGAUGUGGACGCUGGGCCCUCCACCAACCGCACUGUCUACACUUUUGUGGGGGCCCCAGAAGCUGUCGUCGAAGGGGCGCUGAGCGCAGCGCGAGUGGCUGAGCAGCUCAUCGACAUGAGCCAGCACACGGGUGAACACCCUCGUAUGGGGGCCCUGGACGUCUGCCCCUUUGUGCCGGUGAUGAACGUGAGCAUGGAGGAGUGUAUUGCCUGUGCCCACAAAUUUGGGCAGCGUUUGUCGACGGAGCUGGGGGUGCCUGUUUACCUGUAUGGAGAGGCAGCACAGGAGGAGAGCAGGAAAGCCCUGCCAGCCAUCCGCGCCGGGGAGUAUGAGGCGCUCCCCGAAAAGCUUGUGAAACCAGAGUGGGCUCCUGAUUUUGGGCCUCCUACCUUCGUCCCCCGAUGGGGGGCCACAGUGACAGGGGCCCGAACCUUCCUCAUCGCUUACAACAUCAACCUGCUCUGCACCAAGGAGCUGGCUCACCGCAUCGCCCUCAACAUCCGGGAGCAGGGCCGUGGCACUGACCAGCCCGGGCGCUUGAAGAAGGUCCAGGGCAUUGGCUGGUAUUUGGAGGAGAAGAAUAUAGCCCAGGUUUCGACAAACCUCCUGGACUUUGAAACCACGCCACUCCAUGAAGUCUAUGAGGAGGUCUGCCGAGAUGCAAAGGCUCUGAAGCUCCCUGUGGUGGGGUCCCAGCUGGUGGGGCUUAUCCCCAAGAAGGCCAUGCUGGAUGCAGCUGAGUUUUACAUCACGAAGGAAAAACUUUUCAUCCUGGAAGAGGAACACAAGAUAAGGCUGGUGGUCAGCCGUCUGGGCCUGGAUUCCCUGUCUCCGUUUAACCCCCAGGAGCGUGUCAUUGAGUACCUGGUGCAGGCGGGAGAAGCAGACAGGGGGCUGGUGGCCAAGCCGCUGGGUGCCUUCGUGCGAGCAGUUGGCGGGAGGUCAGCAGCGCCAGGAGGAGGCUCUGUGUCCGCAGCCGUGUCUGCGCUGGGAGCAGCGCUGGGCUGCAUGGUGGGGCUGAUGAGCUACGGGAAGCGGCAGUUUGAGGAGCUGGAUGCUGUCAUGAGGAAGCUGAUCCCCCCCUUCCACCAGGCCAUGGAUGAGCUGGUGGCCAUGGUGGAUGCCGAUUCCCGUGCCUUCAGCACCUACAUGGAAGCUAUGAAGCUGCCAAAAAGCACCGCUGAAGAGAGGGAGAGGCGUUUGGCCGCCAUGCAGCAGGGGCUGAAGGCAGCAGUGGAAGUGCCUUGUGCCCUGGCAGAGAAGGUGAACAGGCUCUGGCCUGCGUUGAAGGAGAUGGCAUGCCACUGCAACCUGGCCUGUAAAUCUGACAUCCAGGUGGGAGCCAAGAUGCUGGAAGCUGGUGUGUUUGGGGCCUAUUUCAAUGUCAUGAUCAAUCUCAAAGACAUAACGGAUGAGAAGUUCAAGCAAGUGACGUCCCAGAAGAUUUCUGGGCUCCUGGAGGAGGCGAAACAGAGCUUGACACUUGUGCUGGCAGCGCUGGAGAAGCGGGCAGCGUGAGAGGGGCUCAGAGCUGGGCACAGAGCUCUGCGGAGGCAAAUACAGCUGGGAAACACGUGUCCCUGCCUGGGCUUCUUCGGCACCCACCUUGGGAGAGCUGCUCUGCUCAGGCAGAGCCCCACGUUGUGUCCCCUGGCCCAUACCAGUCUCCUCCUGGCUCAGGAGGGGAUUUUGCUGGUGGGGCCCAGUCCCCCCAGCUGGUGACAGAAAGGGCUGACACGGGCCUGGCUGUGCCAGCCACAGCCCCAAGUUCGUCUGUGCUGGGUUGGGUGCAGCAACCAGCCUGCUGCGUAUAUGGGGCUCCCCAGGGCUAGGGCAGCCACCUGGACGGCACAGCCUGGGAAUGCUCACACAGCACAGCUCGGAGGGGAUGGCUGGGAUAGGAAAACCCUAUGCAUGGGCAUCUCCUGACCUCACACAUACCUGCAUGUUUUUGUGCUCAGAAAGCACCCUAUGACACCUUCCUGACUCCAGGGCUGGGGAUGUCCUUGCCGUGAGUCACUUGCUACAAGGUGGUUUUUUUUAUUGUGCAUGACAAGCCCAUUUGCAUUGCUCACCGGCCCGGGGAAGGGAGUGGUAUCAAAUACAGGACAGCAUAGGGGUGUGUAAGUGGGGAAAUGGGGGCAUGCUACAGGGACAGGAUGGGGGGAAACUCUGCCCCACCUGCCUGGAGAAGACAAGAUGAGCAUCAGGCACCCAGCCCUUCCUCAUGUCUCCGUAUGCGCCACAGACCAGAGCCAUCUGCAUCGCUAGGUCUAACGGCAGCUAUUCCCUCCCCUACCCUCACAUCAUUGCAGCCCCCUGAGCAUGAACCACUCCAGGGGAGCCCCUGCCACCCCCGGCGGUCAUCUCUCUGGCGUUAGGAGGGGAGGCAUCACCAGCAGGCACCGAGCUGCCUGUGCAAGGGGAGAGAGUGCCUCGCACAACCCCUUCUGCCCCUCACCUGGCCUGUCCCAACCCCAGAGCAUGUGUCUCCAGGAGCUGGACUGAAAUACAGGGACGUCUCGCCAGAACUUCCCGGCGGGCAGCGGCAUCACUGCCCGCUCUCACCCCGACACCGGGGCAUUUGGCUGAACAUUGCUGCCCUGCAGCAGAGCCCCUGGGCAGGGGCAUCAGCCUUUCUCCCUGUCGGUCCCCUCCUGGGGUCCUGGGCUUGUGCCUGGGGCACAGACCAGGGUUCACGGCGGGGACACCUGACUCACCUCCCAUCAGCUGAUGCCAGGUGCUAGAAACCACCACCCUUCAUCCCAUAUUUUUAUCAGGCCUGGUAGACCUUUGUGCCUGGGCUGGGUGCGGUGUGUUUACAUUUCCCUGUGUGUCCAAGGUGACAGCGAGGCGGCAAGGGGAGCAGGGAGCGGUGAAGCCAGUUUCAGUGCUGUAGGGUGUCAGCCCUGCCCUCAGGCAGGGCCCACCUAUUUAAAGGGUGCUGGAGGGCUGGUUCUACCACCCCAGGGAGAGCUGUGCUGGCGCUGGGGACGGGCUGCUGCUGGUAGAGGUGCGAUUCGUCUCUGCUCACCAAAGCGGAGCUUGGAGGCAGCAGGAGGAUGUGGAACCCCAACCAAGGAACACCUGGAGGGGUGCCACCACCACAAGCGCAAAUUUGCCCGCCUGCCCCUCCAACAUACCCUGGGUCCUGCAUGCCACCAGGUCCCUAUCCCGGCUACCCUCCGGCACCGUCUGGCCCUCCUGCGGCCCAUCCCAUGGGACCCCCGGGUGGCUACCCCUGUGGUCCCCCUCCCCCUGGCCCCCAUCCACCUGGACAUCACCCCCAUGGCCCCCACCCACCAGGGCAUCACCCCCACGGACACCCCCCACCAGGGGUGCAGGUGUGCCCACCAUGCCCGCCUGGCUGCCAUCAGAAGCAUCAUAAGAAGCACAAGAAGAAACACUCGAAGUCCGGCCAUAAGCACCAUGGGGGCAAGCACUCCUCAAGCAGCUCAAGCAGCAGUUCUGACUCUGACUAAAGACGACAUCUCCUACCCGCCUAGUGAUGAAUCAACAGAAGAAACAAAAUACAAAGAUGAAUGUCCCAUGAGGACUAUCAGUUUGUUGGUUCUGUUCCUUUUCCCUUUCUCUGUAAACUGGAUUUUGCCUGUUG